UAAUAAUGCAGUCAAUGGCUCUUUCUCCCAGGUAAAUCGGCUUAGGAUUGAAGCCUUACUUGGGGGAGCAACCCAGCGGGACUGACUUCUGAGGCCCGAACUACUGGCCCUGUCGCUUCUUCCCUGCAACUGCCUUUAACGUGCCAGCCGCUGAAUUCGCUGCCUGCCUUGUUGUCUUUCUUUCUUUCGCUAUGAUCUCUGAAGUGUUACUAAUUGCACCUCCUGGCUCUGUGCCUUUGAGAGGGCUGGGGCCGAUCAGUAGCCAAAAGGAGGUUGUAAGCAGCAGAAUGUCCCCUUGGGAGAGAGGAGGAGGAGGCGGAGGAGGCGACGAGCGGGGUCCUUCCCCGAGUUCCCCUUCCCCUCCCCAAGUGGGGGUCGUGAUGAUGCUACUAGCAAGUAGCCAGCCGCUGGGGGGCCAGCCUAGCCUGUCCUGUGGGUAUAAGAGCCCCGGCCUGGCCUGCUUUGCUCCCAGAUACUGGGUGCCUUGAGCGCUCCCAGCUCCCAGGAUGGAGGAGCUGAUGGACGGCUGCCAGUUUUCCCCAUCCUCGGCCGUCUUCUUCUACGACAGCUCCCCCUGUAUCCCUUCCCCCGAGGAGGAGCUGGCGGAAGAGGACUUCGCGCCUCGGACGGCCACCACCGCUUCAUCCUCUUCCUCUUUCGGAGUCCACCAAGCAGACCUGCCCGGAGGAUCCGACGGCGAGGAGCACGUCCGGGCACCCACGGGCCACCACCAAGCCGGCCACUGCCUGCUGUGGGCUUGCAAAGCCUGCAAGAAGAAAUCCAGCACCGUGGACCGGCGGAAGGCAGCCACCCUGCGAGAGAGGCGGCGGCUGAAGAAGGUCAACCAAGCCUUCGAGGCCCUCAAGAGGUGCACCACGGCCAACCCCAGCCAGAGGCUGCCCAAGGUGGAGAUCCUGAGGAACGCCAUCCGGUACAUCGAGAGCCUCCAGGACCUGCUGAGUGAGCAAGUCCACAACUACUAUCUCUUGCCCGGGCAAAGCUGCUCCGAGCCCACCAGCCCCACUUCCAGCUGCUCCGACGGUCUGGCUGAAUGCAACAGCCCCACUUGGUCCAGAAGAAAUGGCACUUACGACAAUGUCUACUGCUCUGAUCUCCAGAAUGUCUAUUCCUCAGAAGCCAGCACGGCCCUCUCCAGUCUGGAUUGUUUAUCCAGUAUAGUGGAUAGAAUCUCUUCCUCGGACCAAGAUGGACUGUCUCUGCAAGACUCCUCUUCGCUCUCUCCCAGUGCCAGCCCUGAGUCACAGCCAGGCACUCCUGAGGCCCCUCAUCCCAAGCUCAUCUAUCAUAUACUAUGAGCUGACUGAGAUUGGAAACUAGCCCCGACAACGCUCUGGGAUGGCUGAGAACUCCCAACAGCAACAAGGAGACUCUCCAUUGAAAUAUGAGGCCCUUGGAAUUCCAUUGGACCAACAAUAUGUAUAUAGAGAAGUCACUUUAAAGUGUGUAUAUUUGUGAAUAUCUUUGCUCUUUCCCGUUUACAAGGGGAAUAGCAUUAUAUUUAACCCAAACAUAUAUAUUUUAAUAUUAUAUAAUUAUAUGUUGGGGGUUUUAAUUGUAACACAUUAAAAUCUUAGUUAUCAUCAAGAACGGAAGCAGCACAUCCAUAGUGGGGUCACACCUGAAAAUGCUCCAUGUUUUGAGAUGCCCAAAAUAACAGAAUUUAAGUUAUAUUUUUGUAAGUGUAUUUUUCCCAACUGAGGAGAAAAAAAUAAACUGACUACACUGAUCUGCUAGUUUUUAGGAGAGAAAAGCUGAAUGUUUCCAGGAUAUAUUUUUCUGAGAUAAUUCUUUUUCUCACCUCCUGAGAAUAAAAAAGGUAAUUUUGCAGAAUGUUCUCUGAAAGGUCUACAAUUUUUUGUAGCAGCCAUCAUUUCCCCCCAACAAAAUGCCCUGAAUGACUUUAGGUCAUUGUAGAGAAUGCAAAAUGGUGACUGGGCUACCAGCACAGCUGCUGCUGCUGUCACUUAUAGCAGUGGCCAAGGGCCAGGGGAGAGAAACCUUAGGGGGGAAAAGAUGCUGUGCUGCCGCCACUGCUAAUGGUGAGCUCCACUCCUAAGAAACAUUUUGUUAAUUUCUCCUUCCUCAUAUAAAUUCGGUGAAAUGGUCACACCCCCAUUAUUCAGUCUAUACAUACGGUGGAGAAUUUUGAGAGGCAAUUCUUACACAUCUCUAGUUUUUAUAGCACGCAAACAACCUUAAUUAAGGCCAGCUCUACCAUUAGGUAGGGGAAGGCAGCUUGCCUUUGGAUGCACUGUUUAGCAUGGGACGGCAAAUUAUUAUUUAGUUUAUUAUUAUAUUUUUACCACUGGAGAGCCAUUGGACAUUGUUGCCUCAGACCUCAAGGUUUUGCAUGGUCUCUGCCUUUACUGUAUUAGAGGUAUCAUUUUGCAUAAAACCCUUUAGAAAUAACCCUCUAACAUGUGUUUGCUAUAUUUUACUAUUUCCAUUCAGGAUGCCUCUCAAAAGGAGGAGGACACUGAAGUGUGUUGGUGGGCUUUCUUCAAACUAAAUUGGUGGAUGAAAAAUUGGAAUGCAAAUCCAAUUCUGGUUUAAUUUUUAUAGUCAUGCUUUCAAUAAUAAACAAA